AAAAAUAUGAAACUUAUGUUGCAGGCAUUCUAACAUGGGUGAAUUGCAGAAGCUCCAAACUUAGUACAAAGGUUCAAAAAAUCUUUACCGUCGCUAAAGUAUUGGCUUUGGUCAUUGUUAUUGUAAUGGGAAUCGUACAAGCUGCGAACGGGAAAAUAGAAAACUUUUCAAGUUCAAAAGUGUUCGCUGGGUCAACCAGCGAUGUGAAGAAAAUAGUUCUUGCAUUAAAUGCUGGUUUAUGGGCAUUCUCUGGGUGGAACGAACUGAACUACGUCACUGACGAAAUAAAAAACCCUUCCAGAAAUCUUCCUUUGGCGAUCACCACUUCGAUGUUCAUAAUUACGGUGUUGUACGUUUGUAUAAACCUUGCAUAUUUUACAGUCCUGGAUCCUGAAAUGGUGGGAUCCGGCGCCACAGCAGUGGUCUUCGGCAAGCUUACUAUGGGACAUUGGAGUAUUUGUAUUCCAAUAUUUGUUGCUCUCUGCUGCUUUGGUGGGAUAAAUGGAUCGAUAUUCACAUCUUCUCGAUUAUUCUAUAUCGGGGCAUGUGAAGGUCAUCUGCCCUCUAUCAUGGGGAUGAUCAACACGAAGAGCUUGACCCCAACACCUUCCAUAAUUGUCAUUGGAUCAUUGAGUGCAGUGUACAUGGUAACGGAAGAUGUGUUCCUUUUAAUAAACUACGUCAAUUUUGUUUACUUUUUAAGCAUGGGACUUGCCAUAACUGGUCUCGUAGUAUUGAGGUUUCAGCAACCGCGAAUGGAACGUCCGCUUAAGUUACCAUUGAUUAUUCCGAUCACGGCAGCUUUCCUAUGUUUCGGUACUGGCAUCAUUUCCUUUGUAAUUUCACCGAUAGAGAGCGGUAUAGGUCUGGGAAUGGUCCUAACCUCUGUACCAGUGUAUUUACUUGCUAUAAAAGCAAAGAAACCAACUUGCUUAAACAAAGUUUACGGUAUCGUGACAGUUUUCUUGCAAUGUAUUACAAACUGUGUCAUAGAAGAAAUUGAACUGCCGUUUGAAUGAAGUUCAAAGUUCCAAGAAAAUAUAUGCUUCCAAAUCAUGUGUUAUUUGUUGUUAACUAAAAAACUGUGUUUAGGGACAUAGGCAAAAUGUUUAACAGUAUGGUGAUUGUGAUACUAUAUGUUGUAAAUAAAUGUGACAUCUGUUAAACUUGUACAAUUAAACUUCUGGCGUAUGUA